CGUCAGCGGGAAACGCAAGUUUCGCGAACACCUUAAACUUAAAACGUACGAAUUUGUUUUCCUCGGACGAAAAAAUCGAGUCGCGUGGUUCGCAGUGUUGGAAAAUUUAAAACUGGUGUUAUCAAUGUGCUUAUUUUACUGGGCUGAAUUUAGAAUGGAUUUUCAAAUGGAUUUAGAAUUGUACGAAGUGUUAGAGAAAUUGAAUCUAAGAUUGAAAUUAGGUUUUGUAGCAUUCGUCGAGAAGGGCGAAAAAUGUUCAAUAAACAUAGAUUUUAAAAUCGAUCCUUUCGAUGCUAUAUUAAAUCUUAUUCCGUUGUAAAGCAGCACGAUAUUUAAAUUCAACAUCUGCUAUUUAAUUUUUGAAAUUCUACAUAUUAUAAUAUUGAAAACUUUAUCGAACCUAUUCCUAUUUUCGCACGUGUUAGUAUAUUCGAUAGGAAAAAUCGAUAAUAUUAUAUAAAUACAUUUAGGAAAAAAGAAGUGUAUGGAUUAGAUUUGAAAGUAUGCACGUAUUUACAUACGUAAGUAAAAGAUUUCUUUCCAAUUUCCAUCGCUCUGUUGAUAAAGAAAUAAUAUUAUCGGUGACGGAUGAUGAUACCGAUAACAGAUAAAGAAGAUUUUGUUCCAUAAUUAGAUGAUCGAUGAACAGCAUCGUGCAAAGUAUCAGUACGUAAAUUUAUUUGCAGAAUUGCGACUAUGUUUGCUAAUAACAUAAUAGAAAUGCAUAAAGUAGUUCAGAUAUUAUAUUUUCUACAAUUUGAUAUUAUAAAUUUAGUUACGUAUUUCAUUUUUAAAUGUAAAUUAAUAUAAUAUUAAUCUAAUUUGCGUAAACAGAAGAUCAACCGUGGAAUAGCCGUGAUACGUAUGUUAACAAAAUUAAAUCAUACGUUAAAAAGUGGAAAGCCUGCUGUCUUCAAAAAUAUUAUUCACUCGUCUUAUAACUGUAUAUCUCUACAACUUAAAACUACAAGUUGAACUAGAUAUUCUGCCUUUAAAAACAAUGGUUGGUAAAAAUAGCUUUACUUAUCAGAAUUAAGCCACGCAAAAGAUAAGGUUAUAUCAUUCGAGAAAAUGGCAUGCUCCUUAAUUGUAACAUCGGUAAUUCAUGCGUGAAAGUGAAAAUUAACUUUCGACGUAUAAAACACGUGAUUACGUAUAAUGUAAUAUAAAAGAAGACUGGAAUAAAGGUGACGAUAAUACAUGAUAAUAAAUAACGUAUCAAACUCUGAUAUGUACGAUAUGAUCGUAAGAUGUCACGUGAAAUAGUAAUUUGACAAAACACAUUGUUAACUGGAAUUGUUAACUAAACAAAAACAAAUUGUUAACUAGCUAAAAUUAUUGGUGACAGUGAUAGCAGUAAAUCAAGGAAAUAGUAAAAGCCACUUUGUUUUCAAGUGCUUUCUAUUAUGCAAUACGGACACGACUCGUUAUUUUAUGCGAAAAAUACGAUAGAAGGAAAAUAUUGUACGACCGAGACAAAAGAGAAUCUUUCUUUACUUCAAACUACACGAUACUAAAAAAAAAAUGCUAUACGUAUACAUUGAUACAUUAUAAGAACUGAUGGCUCGAUUAAGAGCUCUUGUAAUCUUCGCAUAGUAUCCAAGUUGCAUUUUGUUCGUAGGAUACCUAUAUAUACGUAUACCUAUACGUAUGUUUAUAUUGGCAAAGUAAAGCGAUCGUCAUAUCGCGACAGUGGUUUGACAAACUCAUCGACAGUCCUGGCUAACCGAAUCAGCUGGUUGGGAUUAUUAUCAUUAACCAAUGACACUAUACACAAAUAUCCAACCGCAUUACAAUUAUAGUUAUUUUCCUAAAUGGUAGGGUAUUAUAUGUUUUUCAAGACGCUCGUUCAUCGGUAAGAGAACAUCAAAUACAGGAAAAUUGAAUCAAUUGCACGACAUAAUACAAAAAUAAAACUCAUCUCACUAAAAUACCGUUUCUAAUUGAAAUUUUUCUCGUAUCCCUACUAUCCUCGUUUCGUUAUCAAUUAAGGAUUAAACAUUGUGCUUUGAAACAUUCAAACAUCGUAUCAUCAGGAGUAUGUCUAAACUUAUUACUGGAAUAUCUCCCCGUUCGUUACAUGUGUCAGCGAUACGAAGUAGCGAUUAAUAGCAGUCGCUAGAUAAGCACCGGGCAACUAGAAAUGACCGCAACACAUUUUCCAACGUAACACCAAGUACCGAAACUUCAUGGUCGCAGAAAGUUUACACCCUUUUCAUCCGGCGAACACAUCGUCUGAGUUAACGAGAGACAACUUCGGUGACUGAGGUAUUUAUAAACGUGAUUCGUAGUGGGAGAACGAAUGGUAACGUAACAUUGGCAAGUCAGAUAAAAGUGGAAAAGCAAAGAAAACAGAGUUAGUGGAGAAUGCACAUCGCUAUCAUUCGUGUGUUUAUUACGAUUUAUUAACGACUGCCACGGAAACAUGUGCGAUUGUAGGACGAGUGAAAUGAGUAGUAGCCGAAUUAACGAGUCGGUCAACAUUAAUUAUGUACCUACAUCGUGAAAACCACUCGGUACAUUAUGGUCUCUUUUGUGAGAAAUUAAAAGUGUCAUGACAGGAACUACGGAUGUAUUUGUUCCCGGGGCAUUGCCUGGGGGCAAUGGUUUGCGUCGUGUCGUUUUAGUACUGCAACGAGCAGCUUAUUGGCUGUGCAACGCAAAAUUCCGGCGGCAAUGGCUAGCAUGUUUUUCCGCAACGCUAACCAUGGUCAUAGUCGGUACAGUCUAUGGAUGGACAACGGUUUCACUCCUCCAUCUAACAUCUGGUACCGGUGGCGUGCCGCUAAAGUUAACACCCGACGCAUCUUUAUGGAUCGUUAUUUCGACAAUACUUGGUUCAAUGAUCGGUUCACUUGUGGGUGCCAAGUUGGUCGAUUUCGGUCGUAAAUACUGCCUCCUUUCAUGCUGCACAAUUUUCUUCUUAGGCUGGUUCAACGUCUACAUCGCAACUUCCUUGCCAAACCUAUGCCUUGCUCGGGUGGUUCUCGGUAUAGGCGUUGGUAUGGCCUACACGAUAAAUCCCAUGUACGUGUCAGAAAUCGCCGACAUCAACAUCAGAGGCGCCCUAGGUACUCUAAUCGCAGUGAACGUAUUUAGCGGGUCACUGCUUACCUACAUCCUAGGAAACUGGCUGACGUACAGAUCACUCGCGAUUGCUCUUCUAGUACUAUCCUGUGUAUCCUUCUUGUCGAACACGUGUUUUCCCGAAACUCCGUAUUUUUUGGUGGCAAAACGUCGAAAGAAGGAAGCAUGCAAGUCGAUAACAUAUUACAGAAGCAUCGUAGAUCCUCGCGAAAUCAAAGUCGCACUACGUGCUCUACAACCACAAAUCACAUGCAAAUUACAAUCACGAUCCAGAAGCGAUUUCACCUUAUCAUCCGCAAAUUUCAGCUCACAAACCGGGAGUGGUUAUGCCUUAAUAUCCUUACCGGACUUAACCACAGACUCCAACCCGGAAGCAGUAGACGCAGAACCCAGGUCCGAUUUAAACUUACCAUCCAGUAGCGAUUCACAGUCACAAUCCAUAUCCAUAACACACUCGGCAGUCAUAUACAAUGUACGACCGCAAACCACAGGUCAAUUACCUCUACAAACCCCGCGCGAGAUUCACCCACAACCCACAAGCGAAUUACGCCUACCACACAAAAGCAAAGUACACCCACCAUCCACGAGCGAAGUACACCCACCAUAUACAAGCGAAAUACAACCAGGACCCACAAGCAAAAUACAACCAAAACCCACAAGCGAAAUACAGCCAAAACCCACAAGCGAAACACAUCCAGAACCCACAAGCGAAAUACAGCCAAAAACCACAAGCGAAAUACAGCCAGAACCCACAAGCGAAACACAUCCAGAACCCAUAAGCAAAAUACAGCCAAAAACCACAAGCGAAAUACAGCCAAAAACCACAAGCGAGAUACAGCCAAAAACCACAAGCGAAAUACAGCCAGAAUCCACAAGCGAAACACAUCCAGAACCCACAAGCAAAAUACAGCCAAAAACCACAAGCGAAAUACACCAGCCAUCCACAGGCGAAAUACAUCCAGAAACCACAAGAAAAAUGCACCCAGAAACCACAAGCAAAAUACACCAGCCAUCCACAAGCAAAAUACAGCCAGAACCCACAGGCGAAAUACACCAACCAUCCACAAGCGAA